UCUCGAGAUGUGACAUUUUGUACCCAAUAUAUUAAGGGAGCUAAUUUUCCCACUCCACUUUUGUCAAUUUACAUUUCCUUUUGUUGGAAAUUGUAUGUUCCCACAUCUCUUUUGUUCACUUAUCCUCACUUGUAUAUUAUAGUAAAAAGUAUUAAAAAAAUAAAAGGGAGUGUAAUAAAAGGGGAGUGGAAAAAGAAGCACCCUAUAUUAAAGGAAUGUAUUAACUUUUUUUUUUUUUUUUGUCAGUAAUGUGUGUCGUGUAUGAGAAAUAUAUAUGUGGACGUGAUAUUUUUGAAAAUAAAGGCUUGAAAUUUCCUCGAUAUCUCUUGGAACUCAGGGCCAUUGAGUCCAAUCCAAUCAUUCAGAUGGGAACAAUAAAUCUACCAAAAGUUAAAACUAGAUCAUGGUGGUAAAAAUAUCUCGAAUAUUAUGUAUACUGCCAAGAGAACAGAUGUAAUGCAGAUCUAGAUUUCCUAUAAAGUUUGUAUCUCUCGCAGUACUUUAACUCACACACGCAGUACCCUAAGAGCUAAGAAUUAAGAUAGAAAAGAGAGAAAGAAAUAGAAAUGGAUGGCGUAGGAGUAGAAGUUAGCAAGAGGCCUCAUGCUGUGUGUCUCCCAUUCCCAGCUCAAGGUCACAUAAGCCCAAUGAUGAAGUUAGCAAAGCUCCUACAUCACAGAGGCUUUCACAUAACCUUUGUCAACAGUGAGUACAACCACAAACGCUUGCUCAAAUCCCAAGGCCCCUCCGCUUUCUACAUCUCCCAGGACUUCUGUUUCGAAGCCAUCCCCGAUGGUCUGCCCCCUACGGAUGCAGAUGCUACGCAAGACAUCCCGUCUCUUUGUGACUCCACAAGCAAGACUUGCUUAGGACCAUUUCGCAACCUGCUUGCUAACCUUAGUCUAGACAAGGCCCUCCCACCGGUGACCUGUAUUGUCUCGGAUGGUAUCAUGUCAUUCGCCGUCAAAGCGGGUGAAGAUCUUGGAAUUCCGGUGGCGCUGUUCUGGACUGCAAGUGCAUGUAGCUUCAUGGGCGUCACUCAUUAUCGUCAACUUAUUGACAAAGGUCUUACACCACUCAGAGAUGAGGCUUCUCUAACAAACGGGUAUUUGGACACCACGGUAGACUGGAUUCCAGGAAUGAAGGAUAUUCGUCUGAGAGAUCUCCCAAGCUUUCUACGUACCACAGAUCCAGAAGACGUGAUGCUAAGCUUCGCCAUGGGGGUGGUAGAAAGAGCUUCCAAAGCUUCUGCUAUCAUCUUAAACACUUAUGACACAUUGGAAUAUAAAGUGUUGGAGGCUCUUUCUUCAAUGUUUGCUCCAAUUUACACCAUUGGCCCCAAUCACUUGCUUGUGAACAAGAUAGUUCCCCAGAACACUAUAUUGUCAUCGAUCGGUUCCAGCCUUUGGAAAGAAGAGCCUGAGUGCCUACGAUGGCUGGAUUCCAAGGAACCCGACUCGGUGGUUUAUGUUAAUUUUGGGAGCAUUACUGUUAUGACACCCCAACAGCUUGUUGAGUUUGCUUGGGGUCUUGCUAAUAGCAAAAAGCCCUUUUUGUGGACAAUUAGGCCUGACCUUGUGAAGGAUGAUACUGCUCUUUUCCCAUCGGAGUUCGCCCGAGAAACGAAACAAAGAGGUUUGUUUGUCAGUUGGGCACCACAAGAGGAAGUUCUGAACCACCAAUCUAUAGGAGGAUUCUUGACACACGGUGGCUGGAACUCCACCAUUGAGAGCUUGAGUGCUGGAGUGCCAAUGGUUAUAUGGCCGUUUUUUGCGGACCAGCAGACUAACUGUUGGUUCUCGUGCACUCAAUGGGGAGUUGGCUUGGAGAUUGAUAGCAAUGUGAAGAGGAGUGAAGUGGAGAAGCUUGUGAGAGAAUUAAUGUCGGGUGAGAAAGGGAAAGAGAUGAGAAAGAACGCCAUGGAGUGGAAGCGAAAGGCAGAGGAAGCUACUGGUCCAAGAGGUUCUUCAUUACUGAAUUUGGAGAAGUUGGUUAAAGAUGUACUGCUGCAGCCAUCAAAACCCUAGUAGCUAGAGAGAUAAUCAACCCUGAUCCAGGGGUUCUAUGUUGUUAUUUCCUCACACCUCAGCUUAUGUUUUUGUUUUAUUAUUAUUGUGGAAUCAAUUUUUUUUUUUUU